UUAAUUUCCUUUCACUUUCAGAUGUCUUAUUUGUACUCCACCUUUGCCCAAUUAGUGAGUGUACAUUGUAAAGCAACCACGGCUAGCUCUAACAUACCAGUUAAUCAAUGUAAACGUGAUCUAUUGAGUUAUGGUUAUGAAAAAUUACAAACCUUUAACGAUGCUCAGUUGGAUGCCUUUGAUCCCUAUCAAAGGGGUGCUAGUCAAUUAAUCUGGACCUCCAUCAUGAGAGAUCAUCCCAGUUCGACUUUGGUUACCACACGCAAACCCUUACCAACUCCUCCAGCCACCUCUAUAGUCAUCAUGACACACCAGCAACCACAAACCGGUAACACCAAAACGAAAUUUAUCGAUACCACAACAUCGGCCAAUCAUUAUCCCAAAAAUCCCAUGUUUGAAAGCAGUGAACAUAAACAUCAAUAUGCCAUGGAUAUGGAUAUAGCAUAUGGUCAACCCAGUAUGGCUCAUAAUCCACAGAUUGAUGUUUUCGAUGUGAAUGCCCAUAAAACCUAUUUGACUGGACCCUCGGUGGUGCGUGUUAAGCCUGAUGGUUCACCUGUCGAAGAAGAUAAACAUAGAGCACCAGUUAAAGAUGAUGAUUUGGAGGCAUAUACCAGUGCUGUGUCUUAUGGCCGUAACGAAGAUAUUAAAGUCAAUACAAAUGCCAAUAAUCAACAGCAGAAGCACCGUAAAAUUGCCACCAUUAAUGCUUUGAAACAACAAUAUUUGGCCAACUUAGCCAGACAACAACAGGAAUUGCUGCCACCUUACGAGGAUGCCAGACGUCGUCGUCGCCGUCAUCAACCUAUAGUCUAUCGUUAUGGCGGUAUUCGUGUGUAAUUGUUUAAAAUCUCUAAACAGUUUUAACUAAAAAAAAAAUUUAAAUUGAAAAAAUGUUUUCUACUCUUUUUAGCUUUAUUAAAAGUUGUUGUAAGUUUUAGUUUUUAAAUUAUUUUUUGUAUGUUUGCUUGUGUGUGUAUUAAUUUUUUUAAGAUUGUAUGCGUUUUUGUUUGGCUGUGCUUGUGAUUUUGUCUGUGUACGAUAUUUAAUUUUGUAUUUUAUUUAAUUUAUAAUUUAUAUUCAUAUUUUCUUUUUUUAUUUUUUUUUUGCAAUCUCAUGGAUUUAUUUACAUACAUUUUUUUUAUUUCUUUUCUAUUUAAUUAU